AUGACAACAGCUCCGUGGCAGACCGGCUCGCCGGCAUUCACAGCAGUCACUGCUCGUCGAACACUAACCCGUCCUGCUCAAGCGACCGAAUCGCCAGUCCAGCCACAAGCUGCUCCCGUUAAGAUCGAGUGGCCUCAGCCUGUACGCGAAUACGUCCAACGCGCCUUCGCCGACAAAGCAAACGACUCCGACGAUAUUGAUCCCACCGCCGUCGCCGCCAAACUAAAGUCCGUCAUUACUCAAGCUGCCGAAUCAAACCUCCUCGCUGUCAUCGACUGGCCCAGCCAUCCGCUGCCGCGAGCACUUCUCCGCGUCGAGCGAGCAAAGGAAAAGGCAGCUCUCAUGAGCGCCACGAAGAAGCGGAAAUCCAUGGACAUGGACUCCGGCGCCGACUCGUCACAUAUCCCCCCUUGGAGAGUGAAGAAUCUCUCCCUUGCCGAUCGCAUCACCAACCCCAGUCCCGACAAGCGCCAGAAAAAGGCCGACCAGUUCCGUGCCACUGCCCCACCCAGUAAGUUGAGCGAUCUCGAGAAACGUAGGCAGCGUUUCGCGCUCGGCGACCAAGCUCUCAAUUCUCCUUCUCUCUCUUCUCCUCGUGACGACUCUCCCAUGCCCGACGCCGACGAUGGUCCUUGUGUCGGCACUUGUCAAACGCUCGAGAAAAACUACUUUCGCCUCACCGCUCCUCCCAAACCCGAAACUGUCCGUCCCCUUCACAUACUCCAGCAAACUCUCGAUCUUCUUAUCAAGAAGUGGAAAGAUGAUCACAACUAUGGGUACAUUUGCGAUCAGUUCAAAUCUUUGAGGCAGGACCUCACAGUCCAGCACAUCAAGAAUGACUUCACCGUCCGUGUGUAUGAGGCUCACGCACGUAUAGCCCUGGAAAAGGGGGACCUGGGUGAGUAUAAUCAGUGUCAGACUCAGCUUCGUACUCUGUACAAGAUGAGGUUGCGUGGAUCCCCUGGUGAAUUUUUGGCCUAUCGCAUUCUUUACACUAUCUAUACCUGUAACCGCCAAACCAUGAACGACGUUUUGGCAGAUUUAACCUCAGCAGACAAACAGUACCCCGCAGUGAAGCAUGCUCUGGCAGUGCGAGCAUCUCUGGCCACUGGCAACUAUCACAAAUUCUUUAGGUUGUUCAAUGAAUCGCCAAACAUGGGUGCCUACCUCAUGGACAUGUUCGUCAACCGAGAGAGGGUGAAUGCUCUAUCUGCCGUUUGCAAAGUUUAUCGUCCCGGCGUCAAGAUCUCUUUCUUGACGGAAGAGCUAGCAUUUGCCAGUGACGAGCAAUGCGCGCAGUAUCUUUGCGACAGUGGUGCCCAAGACUGCCUCGAUGAGAAGCCAGAUGGUGCUCAACUCUCUUGUCAAAAAGCAAGUCCAAUCUUUGAGGCAAUCAAGAACAGUGGUUAUCGCGUCGACAUCAAGGGCCAGAUCUGA